CCUCGCCCCAACCAGCACACUGUGACAGGUUUCAACACGCCAACCACGCCUAAUCCACAUUCUGUGGGGUGGGGACAUUUAAUCUCCUUUGGUCCGCACAUGUCUAUUGAAAUUUGAGAUGGUUGUGACGAACUUGACAGAAGCUCUUUGCUUCUUCCCCUGCUGCACAAGCAUCCAUGAAUCACAAAGAACAAGUCAUACCCGACAUUACGAUUGAACGACCGCAGAAGGCAUUGGAUCAUGCUAUAAAUUUACACUCGACGUCAACUAGAAAGCUCGACAAAUGCGACCGGGCAGAGGAUGUCGUUGCCCAGACCAUUCACGACGCUGGAUUGGCGCACAAUUUCUACAACCAGAAUGCUGCAGCCUUAGACUCGGCAUCUGACGCGAUGGUCGUGGACAUCUCAAAGAAGAAUGCGACCGACUUUCUUGGAGAGGCAAAGAAGUUGAUGGAUGCCCUAGAUGUUCUGCAACAGGUCCACCCGUUUGUUGGUGUGGCUAUACUCGCUUUCAAGGCUGUCGUCAAUCUUGAGCUAACGCGAAGGGAAAAUGAUCGUAGAGUUGGAUUGAUGAUCGCUCAGGCAUCUGAUAUGAUGACCAUGCUUCUCCAACUUAAGGACACUAGAGACCCUGCCAUCGUGGGACCUCACGGUGAAAUUCGGGGGCGACUGCAACGUGUCACAGACGGCAUCAAGAAAGAUAUCGAGGAUUGCGGAAAUGCCAUUGACAAAUACUACAAGUCAAAAUUCAUUGUGAAAUUCUUCAGAUCAUCUCACUGGGCGAGCGAGUUCCUGAAACUUUGCAGCAGCUUUUCCCAGUGCGCCCAGGACCUCCAGCUCGCCUUGAAUAUCAGGACGACGUUAAGAGUUGACAUUGCAAUCGAUAAGCUGGAGAAACUGAUCCAGCGGCCAAGCGAACGCGAAGCAAGAUUCGAGAAAGAAGUGCAAAUGCGCGGUGGAAAGGAGAAGUGUUAUGGAAGCCAAGAAAUAAUGGUAGAGCUACUGAAAAUUGCCGAGCAUCGGGAAGCACGUCCACAGAAUACAGCAUAUCCCGAUCCUUCCUCCAAAGAUGUCAACAAGCCUGCUUCCAAGACCGCUUCGGCGAGCGGAUCGGUCGAUGAGAAGUCCCGCCUUGAUGCCUCGCUACUUUACGAACUGUAUGCUGAUUUACGCAUCUUGCUCGACGAGAACCGCGCGCUCUUCAUGUUCAAGCUUGACAGGCAGACAUCUGACAUCAAAGAUGCUAUAAUGGAUUCUGAAGCGCGCAUCAUAUGGGCCUUCAACAACAGAUUCCAACGGGUCAAGGAUCCACACCUCCAAUAUAUCUGGAGAGAAAUGAAAUGGACAACAAAUGUCAAGGUGCUAUACUUCAUCGCGGAACUCUAUGACUAUUACGUGAAUCGUUUCUCCCACCGCCGUCAUGAUGCUCUACGCCCACAAGUGACAUCGGAUGCUUCAUCUUUGAUGGUGCGAUUUCCAUCCCCAACACCUACUGUCUCCGUCACCUCGGAUUCAGAAGGAGAAGAUCACGAGAUUCCAGCAGUAGAUCCCGCAUACCACGAGCUUCCUGCAGUUGACCCUGCAGACAAGUGGUGCUUGAAAUACUUGAGCGUUUUCUAUGUUCCAAGUUUAUCGGAAGGCUUCGAUGGCGAUGCAAACGGUUUGGUCAGCAUAAGGGAAGUGAAUGCCUUUACUUCUGCGAUACCUUCGGGCUGGAGUCUGCCGCAAGCACUUGCGUACUGGGCUGCAGGGUGGAGAGUGGAUAGCCAAUAUUACCACACGCGAAUUGAACAGAUCUUGGACAGCAUGAUUUAUGUGCAAGCAGAUGCGCUUCCAGAAAAUUGGAGGUGUAUCAUCAGAUACUUGCAUUCAUAUCCUAUUCGUGGUAUCAAAUGUCUUGUCCGUUCUCUUACAGAGCUUGGAACAGAGAACUCGGACUUGGAUCUCACGCGAUUGGUUGCUCGGCGUCGCACGGCUCAGGAGCAAAUGUUAGCGGAUAAGCUUAACAUCGUGAAGUAUGAAAUUGACUCCACGGAUUCUAUCAAACUCUUCGGAUCUGGUCGCAUCGAAAAUUUUUUGCUACCUUUGCUUUACCUAGUGACCAGGAGGCAUUUACAGAUCAUGAAACUCGCCAGCACAGUAAUUCUGGCUGAGAGAGAACUCGAGUCUGCAACUCAAACGAUAGAAAAUAUCCUGGAGGGGGUGUCUCUGCGUGUGGAGCAACUGGCAGGUACGCUUCCAAACUGUAACGUGAUGAGCCAUUCCCUUCCACAAUCGCAGAAUCAUUCCGUCAGCAGGGAAAUGAUCCGAAAGUAAGAUUCACUUGGUAUGCGUAUGGAUUGUACAAUUUUUGGUACAGUCCAGGACUGAUCACAGACGACACCGAAUACUGGCAAACCCACGAUUUCGGGUUUGACGAGACUGAGCUGGAGAUCGAUACGAC